AUGUCGUCAAUCACCCCUGUGUUGGAAGAUGCCAGUGUUGCAGCUGUACAAAAAAGAUAUGACGAUGCUGAGCGUAAAUAUUACGAGGCAAUUUAUGCGAAGUUCGAAGGUGACGACCAGAACAAAAGGACUCGAUUCUUACAGGACCAGGAGACGGCGAUUAUUGAAUUGGGCAAGAUUUACAAGAACAACAAAUCUGCGUCAAAGCUAGACGAGUUGAUCCGGAACUCGCGUGUCGUUUUGAGCACCUUUGCCAAGUCCAAGACGGCAAAGAUUGUCAAGACUUUGAUCGAGAAUUUUGAUAAGAUUCCAGACUCGUUGGACUCGCAAAUCCUGGCCAUCAAAGAGUGUAUUGAUUGGGCAGUUGAAAACAAAUUGUCAUUCUUGAGACAACAGUUGCAGUUGAAGUUAUCGGCGAAGUUGUACAACAAGGGCCUUCACCAGGAAGGCUUGACAAUCAUCACUGGAUUGUUAAGCGAAUACAAGAAAUUGGACGACAAGUCAUCCUUGGUGGAAGUGCAGUUGGUGGAAUCUCAGAUUUACCACGCAUUGCGCAAUAUCCCAAAGUCUAGAGCCGCAUUGACUAGCGCCAGAACGUCGGCGAAUUCGAUCUAUUGUCCGACGCUAUUGCAGGCUGAGCUUGACUGCCAAAGUGGGAUUUUGAACGCUGAGGAAAAGGAUUACAAAACUGCUUUCUCGUACUUUUACGAGUCUUUUGAAGGAUUCAACUCGCAAAGCGACGAUCGCGCGAUCCUCGUUUUGAAGUAUAUGUUAUUGACGAAGGUUAUGUUGAACUUAAUCGAUGACGUCAACACUAUUUUGAACAACAAAAAUGUGAUCAAGUACCAGUCAAGGGAUAUUGACGCCAUGAAGUCGAUUGCCACUGCGUAUUCCAACAGAUCUUUGAAGGACUUCGAGACAUCCUUGACCACGUACUCCAUCGAAUUGAGAUCGGACCAAAUUAUCAAGAAUCAUUUCAACUCUUUGUAUGACAACUUGUUGGAGCAAAAUUUGUUGAAAAUCAUCGAGUCUUACAGCGUCGUCGAGAUAUCGCACAUUUCGAAAACCAUUGGGUUGAACUUGCAGCAGGUUGAAGGCAAGUUGUCGCAAAUGAUUCUAGAUAAGGUGUUCUACGGUGUUUUGGACCAAGGUAAUGGCUGGCUUAUUAUUUACGACCAGCCAAGAACUGACGCCGCAUAUGAAGCGUCUUUGGAGUUGGUCAAGAAUAUGUCAUCCGUCGUUGACUCUUUGUAUGAAAAGGCCUCAACAUUGAAUUAG